GCCCGCCCCUCCCCGCAGCCGCGCAGGAGGACGGGGCGGGGCCCCCGGGGUCAGUCUCAGCCUCGGGCACCGGCCGCGCAGCUGGAGGUGGCGGAGCGGAAGCCCCAGCCAUGGCUGCGAUCCGAAAGAAGCUGGUUAUCGUGGGGGACGGUGCCUGUGGGAAGACCUGCCUUCUCAUCGUCUUCAGCAAGGAUCAGUUCCCAGAGGUCUACGUCCCUACUGUCUUUGAGAACUAUAUUGCAGACAUCGAGGUGGACGGCAAGCAGGUGGAGCUGGCUCUGUGGGACACAGCAGGGCAGGAAGACUAUGAUCGCCUGCGGCCUCUCUCCUACCCAGACACGGAUGUCAUUCUCAUGUGCUUCUCCAUUGACAGCCCUGACAGCCUGGAAAACAUUCCUGAGAAGUGGACCCCGGAGGUGAAGCACUUUUGCCCCAAUGUGCCCAUCAUCCUAGUGGGGAACAAGAAGGACCUGAGGCAAGAUGAGCAUACCAGGAGAGAGCUGGCCAAGAUGAAGCAGGAGCCCGUUCGGUCUGAGGAAGGCCGGGACAUGGCAAACCGGAUCAGUGCCUUUGGCUACCUUGAAUGCUCUGCCAAGACCAAGGAGGGGGUGCGGGAGGUAUUUGAGAUGGCUACUCGGGCUGGACUCCAGGUCCGCAAGAAUAAACGCCGGAGAGGUUGUCCCAUCCUCUGAGAUCCGCAGGGCCUCUUACAUGCCCCACUCUUAUUUACAGGGGUGCAAAAAUUACCCAGCCUCCCUUUCUCCCUUAGGACUCCGUUCCCUCCUGCCCAGGACUGCAUCAAAUAUAUCCUCAGCCCCAAGGUGGUGGUGGUGGCAGUAUAGCUUCACCCAGUCCUCUGGGGACCCAGGCUUAUGCCCUGACCUUCCCAAAGGAUGGUCACACACCAGCACUUUAUACAUUUCUGGCUCACAGGAGAGUGCCUAAGACAGGGGACUUGGCAUGACCCAGAGUCCCAGGCCCCUGGGGUUUUUGCUUUGGGCAGGGGCCUUGGCUCUGACUGCACUUGGUGAGGGGCAUGAAUAAAGACCACAGGUUCCAGCA